GCUUAGGUCAUUCUGUAGAGGCAGAAGACACUAUCAUGAGUUAAUGAUAACUGGAAGCCAAAUAUUGUUCCUGUGCCUCAGUGUUCUUCCAGUUUUAGUCUUAUUCAUAAAUAUUCAAGUAUUAUUCAAAAAUACUAUAGCUUUCUCUGCAAAUCUAAAAUGAUUAUCUGAAAUGAUCCUGCAUUAACACAUCUCAUACAAUGCUACACACGGUUCACAGGUUUUUUUUAACCCCGAAAAAAAUUGUAACAACAUCUUAUUAUAACCACAAUACUUUCUACUCAAUUUUAUGAGUGUUACGAAGAUUUAAAUUCAAACUGAUCAAAUAAAUGCAAUGAAAUGUUAUUUUACUUACUAACAGUUAUUUUACUUUACUUUUAAUGGUUCAUAUUUUUAUAGUUUAUAGUGUAUGAAUACAACUAUCAAAUAAUUAGUAAUUGUAAUUCUGUGAAAGGCCAUGAGAUGGUAGUAAAGACUUUUGAAGCAAAGUGUCAGGAAAUACUAUUUGCCUUUUUUCACACUUGCACAAAAUUCUUAUGUAGACUGAAAUUGAAUGUAUUGUGAAUUUGUGAUGCUUAGUCUUUCUUUUUCUCUUAGCUACAGAAUACACAGAUGAUAUUGUCCAGGUUGACAUCCCAUGACUACAGUCUGUCAAAAUCACGCCCAUAAACAUCUCACGUCAUUACGCACAGUCAAGACGUUAAUAAAAUAGUCUAAAUGCCGUGGAGAGCGCGUGGUUCGUUCUGUGAGCGUUUACUUGACAACUGCAGUGGCUCUUCUCGUGUGAAUGGGAUGUUCUUUCUUUUAUCACUGAUAGAGCUAGAAAAUCGAACCAAGGAUAGCUCUCAACAGCCAAUAUGAUCUCAACGCUGACGAAGGAUUGCGUGCAAGCACUCAUGACUAGUUUGACAUCUGAAGUGAUGGACGUGCGCUUUCUUAACAAGAUGCACGACGCCACUACAACUUUGCCGACGCCAAGUUUCAUGGAUAACGAGACCAUUUGCGGAGAGCCGAUUUUGAGUUACGGACAUGUUGAGAAAGUGCUCAUCGGAGGAGUUCUGACCUUGCUUACCUUUUUAACAGUUUGCGGGAAUUUGUUGGUUGUCAUAUCAGUGUGUUUUGUGAAGAAACUGAAGCAACCUUCUAAUUACUUAAUCGUUUCUCUGGCCGUUGCAGACCUGUCGGUUGCGGUGGUCGUAAUGCCGUUUGUCAGCAUCACUGAUCUCAUAGGAGGACAAUGGAUCUUUGGUCGUGUUUUCUGUAAUGUUUUUAUCGCCAUGGACGUGAUGUGCUGCACCGCUUCAAUAAUGACACUUUGUGUCAUAAGCAUAGACAGGUACCUAGGCAUUACUAAGCCAUUGACGUAUCCCGUGAGACAGAGUGGAAAGUGCAUGGCCAAAAUAGUGCUGUUUGUAUGGCUUCUCUCUGCCUCCAUCACCCUACCCCCACUGUUUGGAUGGGCUCAGAAUGUCAACGAUAACAAUGUGUGUCUGAUCAGCCAGGACCUGGGCUACACUAUCUACUCCACUGCCGUGGCCUUCUACAUUCCCAUGUCCGUGAUGCUCAUUAUGUACUACCGGAUAUACAGAGUGGCAAAGGUGAGUGCUGCCAAACACACAAUCGCUGGUUUUCCCAAAGCCGAAGAUGAAGAAAGCGUGAACUGCGUGACUGCGGUCCUAAAGCUGCAGAGGGAGAUGGAGGAGUGUGUGAGCUUUUCUCACCUUCUCAGAAAUGACCGUAAAAACAUCUCCAUCUUCAAAAGAGAGCAGAAGGCAGCGGCCACCCUCGGGAUUGUUGUAGGGGCUUUCGCCGUAUGCUGGCUGCCUUUCUUCCUGCUUUCUACGGCGCGGCCAUUCAUCUGCGGAGUGCAGUGUAGCUGCGUGCCUUUGUGGGUGGAGAGGACACUGCUUUGGCUGGGCUAUGCCAACUCACUCAUCAACCCCUUAAUUUAUGCAUUUUUCAACAGAGACCUCAGGACCACCUACCACAACCUCAUCCGCUGCCGCUUUCGAAACAUCAACCGCAAGCUAUCAGCAGCCAGCAUGCACGAGGCUUUGAAACUAGCUGAGAGACCUAACCUGGUGCUGUAGGCUGUCUGUACCCUUCAUGUCUCUCUAGGGACUGAUGCAGUCACAAGGAGGCUGAGAGACGUUUUUGAUGAAUUCUUUAUUGCUCUUGCAGAGGAGCUUUUCAGUCACUUCAAUUAAGUCAAAUUACAGUGGCUUCAAUAAAGUGAAAUUGGAAUGGUUGUAAAGCUUCUUAAAAUGUUUUAUAAAAUGCUUUAUAAAUGAGAGCUUAAUGCUGUAAAAUGUGCUUUAUGAAGGAGCAAAAUAGUAAUCAAAUCAAAGUGCGAUGAAUACACAGUAUCAUGUUUGUAUUUCAUACAGUAUUCUUUGUUGUUUAUUUCUGUGCUUAUAUUGUGUGUGACCCUGGACCACAAAACCAGUCAUAAGGGUCAGUUUUGUUUUAAUUUAGAUUUAAAACAUCAUCUGAAAGCUGAAUAAAUAAG